AGUGUGCCCCUGGCAAGGUAGUCCCACGGACUGGGGUGGGUCCGAUUGUUUCCUGCUGAGAAUACACAAGCUGCCCGAGGAACUCAGCUGGUCGGGCAGCCCCUGUGGAGGGCAGUGGUCAACCAAAGUUCAAAGUAAAUUUAUUAUCAAAGUAUACACGUGCUGCCAUACCCAGCCCUGAGAUUCAUUUCCCCCUUGUGGAUAUAAUAAGUGCAGAGUGGAAUGAUAACCAUAACAGGAUCAAUGGAAGACCGCACCAUCUUGGGCGUUCAACCAGUGUGCAAAGCAGAACAAACUGUGCAAAUACAAAAGGAAAGAAACAAUAAAUAAAUAUUGGGAGCAUGAGAUGAAGAGUCCUUCAAAGCAAGUCCAUAAGUUGUGCAAACGAUUCAGUGAUAGGGUAAGUGAAGAUCUAUCCUUUGGAUCAAGAGCCUGAUGGUUGAGAGGUAAUAACGGUUCCUGGACCUGGUGGUGCAGGUCCUGAGGCUCCUGUACCUUCUCCCUAAUGGCAGCAGCGAGAAGAGAGCGUGGUCUGGAUGCUGGGGGUCUCUGAUUACAGAUGAUGCUCUCCUGUAACAGCACUUAGUGUAGAUGUGCUCAAUGGUGGGGAGCGUUUUACCUGUGAUAGACUGGGUCGCAUCCACUACUUUCUGUAGGAUUUUCUGUGCAAGGGCGUUGCUGUUUCCUUACCAGUCUGUGAUGUAACUGUGACGAGAAUACACAUAAAUUAAGAUGUUUGCUGGCCUGGGCUAGAACCAGUGGCAUCAGCAGUUGGUCUGCCACCUGUCCUCAGGGGAGGGAGAGAUAAGGAACACAAUGAGGCAGCAUUUGGAGGUGUUAAUGAAGGAGCCAUCAGUCUGGGUAUUGUCAAGAUCGGCUCCCCCUUUGAACCCUGAACUGUUUGAAGUGAUGGACAGGCGAUCUGGAGAUGUGUAAUGAAGGGACGGGAGAGAGAGCUGUCUAGAGCGGCUCCCCCUUUGAACCCUGAACUGUCUGAAGUGAUGGACAGGUGAUACCCCAGCAGGGGGAUAAAAAGGGACAGGUUCGCUAAGGCAGGACACACACGACAUUCGAGGUAAUGAGACCCUGGAAGCGGUGCGCCUCUCACGAGUCGGUGGGAAGUAUCGGGCCACAAACGCACAGGGUGGAAAGGUACGAUCAGCGGGAACCCGGUGUGUGUCCGCCCUUGCUUGGGUGCCGGGUUCACUGCAGAGGAUCGACCGCAUCUGGAGGAGGGGUCACAGUCGGUGACCCCAGGUGACAUCACAAAGGACUCGCCCGAAAGCUGCUUGUGAGCAAUAUCGCAGGUCUGUGAGUGGAAGCCGUUCUGAAUGAUCAUUCGUUCCCGUUCUGUCUCUCCUUCCCCCCACGUUGUCCAUCGCCAUGGCAAGGAUUACUGUGAACUGAACUAAAUUGAACUGGAAUUUGUGUCACUUUGAAAUUGUUUAUUUACCCCUAGACAACGAUAGAGCUUGAUUGAUCCUGUUAUCUUAAUUCUGUGCACAUGUGUGUUUAUCAUUGCUGAACCGUUGCAUUUAUUAUCCUUUCGAUUACUGUAUUGCUUGUUUCUUUAAUAAAACUUUCUUAGUUCUAGUAAGCCAGACUCCAACUGAGUGAUCCAUUUCUGCUGGUUUGGCAACCCAGUUACGGGGUACGUAACAUAAGUGGGGUUCUCGUCCGCGAUUUUGAACGCUAAAUUUGGGACGGAGUAAAUUGAUUGGGUCAAAAUUCCCAAAAGAAAGAAAAGACAAACAGCAGAAAUGGAGGCUGAGGAAAUUAUAAAGGCGCCGACCUUGGAGGCAUUAGAGGAUGCCAGGAAAUCGGAAUUGGUAGCUGUGGCCAAACGGUUGAAUCUUGCUAAGGGGAAGUUGACAAUGAGGAGAGAGGAGAUACACAGAGCUAUCGUAGAGCACUAUGUAUCAAAAGGUGUGUUUCCCCAAGGUGAGCUGGAGGUGGUGUCUAUUGAAAAACCUGCUGGAGACACGGUACAGGUGCAGCUUGAAAAACUGAGAUUCGAGCACAAGUUCCGGGUACGGCAGUUGGAGCGAGAAGAGAAGGAGAGAGAGUUAGAAAGGCAAGAGAGAGAGAGACAGUUGGAGCGAGAAGAGAAAGAGAGGGACCGACAGUUACAGCGAGAAGAGCAGGAGAGAGAGUUAGAAAGGCAAGAGAGAGAGAGACAGUUGGAGAGAGAAAAGAAAGAGAGAGAGAGACAGUUGCAGCGAGAGGAGAAACAGAGGGAAAGGGAAUUCAAGUUGGAGAAGUUAAAGAUAAGGGCCGAGCAGGGGCUCAUGCCGAACCAAGGUGGAGGGUUCCGGGCGACCCAGGAGGUUAGGCUGGUUCCCCCAUUUGACGAUACCGACGUGGAUCGGUACUUCCUCCAUUUCGAAAAAGUGGCUAUAAGUCAGGACUGGCCGAGGGAUAAGUGGGCUGUUUUACUUCAGAGUGUACUGAAAGGGAAAGCCCAAGAAGCUUACUCAGCUUUGUCCACGGAAGAUGCCCAGAAGUAUGAGGUGGUGAAGGAGGCCAUCCUCAGGAUUUAUGAGUUGGUCCCAGAGGCAUACCGGCAGAGGUUCCGGAAUGAGAGGAAGCAGUGGGACCGCACGUAUUUGGAGUUUGCCCGUGAGAUGCAGACAUAUUGUGAGCGUUGGUGCGCCUCAAAGGGGGUAGAGGGGGAUUAUGACAGACUGCUGCAGCUGAUCCUGAUUGAGCAGUUUAAAGGUUGUGUCCCUGAGGGUAUGAGACCCUACCUAGAUGAGAAAGAGGCAGCCACGUUAGCCGCAACUGCUAAGUUAGCGGAUGAGUAUGCGUUGACGCAUAAAAUGAAGUUUUCCCUGAGUAAAGGCUACCAGAAGGGUAGUCAGGACGGCGGGGAGAGUCCGCCGGAAAAGUCAGAAAGUAAGCCGGGGACUAGUGAGAAGGAUAAGGUAGACCGGGAGCAGUCUGGUAGGAAGUCUCCUGGGAUCGUCUGCUAUAAUUGCGGGAAAGUCGGACACUUUGCGUCCAGGUGCCUUGCCCCAAAGAAGGAGACGGGAAAAGGGAAAACAGCGAUUUUGACUGGCUGUAUCGAGCUGGUAAACGAACCGCUAGGAAAGGACAGGUCUGCCAAAGUUCAGGAAGGGCGCGAGAGGUUUAUCUCGACCGGAUUGGUGUCAGUGAAGGAGGGGUUAAAACCAGUUCCAGUGCGGAUCUGGAGAGACACGGGAGCGUGUCAGUCACUAAUACUGAAGAGUGUAUUAGAGUUUAGCUCAGAGACCCAGACUGGGGAGGUAAAGGUCAAAGGUGUUGGGGAAGGGACAGAGUCAGUCCCUUUGCACCAGAUACACUUACAAGUUGCUGACCCUUUCCACUGCUGAUGCUUCAUAGAGAAUUGGUUCAUAGAUCUCUGGGCUCCUCCUCCUGAAGUCAAUCAUCAGCUCCUUGGUGGGGCUGACAUCAGCAGUAGUAUGGGGCAGUGAAGACUUUAUCGAAG